AUGUAUUCCAACCAAGAUGUCAGCGCGGUGCCGUCACUUGCUAUUGCCUCUCCACGACGCUUAGGCGGCAGAAACGGAAACCGAGCUUACGCUCUUGACCGCACGCCACGCAAAUCCGCGGUGACACCGCGUAAACAGCUGCCGUUGGAGGCGGCGAUGCGGGCCGUGCUGGAUAAAAGGGAGUUGGAGGAGCCAAUACGGCCGCGGGAUGCAAGUCACGCCCACCUGCGCGACGACGUGGUGGCCGUGAUGGAUUUCCACAACCACACCAUGUCUGUGUGGCACACCCGUGUAGCGAGGCUCGACGGCCAUGGACGCUGUCUCUCUGUCGCCGACACGAGUUUCUUGGAGCGAGCAGCAACAAGAUUGGCGAUGUGUAUUGACCAGAUUAAGGAGACGUCGAAGGCGCUGUUGCCAUUCACGCGAGGCCUUGACGCGACGUCAAAAUGGGGGAGGUAUGCGAAGAGCUCAUAUGAGAGACUUUGCAGUGUCGAGGCGUCGGCGAACGAAAUGCAGUCGCGCAUUGCACGGCUUCUCUCGACCAGCAUUUCCACCUCUCCCGCAAUGCCGAAGUGGGCAGUUACUCCUCAGCCUACCAACGCGAGGCCGUCGCACGCCAUGCCUCAGAAGACAGGCACUGCCAGGACUGACCGGUCACCCCCUGUCUCUGCUGUGAGGCUUUCAUCGUGCGGGUCAUCCUCCGCUGAAGGAAGAAGCAGUAGUUCACUUGCGGAGCUGCGUGGGUUCGGGGCGGUGCCUAAACAUAGCACGUCAGCUGGGGCGUACAGGACGUUGCAGUCGCCUGUCACGAGCCGAGACGGAAACUCUAGCCGCGAGAGUUCCCUUUCACGGUACCGACAACAACAACACCAAAAAAAACAACACAACAAACAACAGCAGCAACGGCAACGCCACGCGACGGCAUAUUCUCACCGGCAUCCAUCAUGGACAGAAGUGUCAACACAGCAUUCCUCAGGGGUUUCGAACAGUGUCUCACCUUUCCAAUCGAUGGUAUCACGGUGCAGUGAACCUUUCUUUGAACGAGGAAGGGACGAAUUUCGACAACGGGAGUGGCGUGCCAACGAGCCGCUCUAUGAUGGCAGCAGUGGAACCUUAACUCACGAUAACAACACCACCCCAACCCGGCAUCCCUCGGGGCCUAUGGGUAACUACUGGCGUGGUAUUUCAUGUGACUCCACGUCUUUUCAAAAGCGCAACAGCUGCGCUGGCAGUGGCGGCCUUGAGCCAAACCAACAUCGCAUGCUUUUAGAGCGAAUCGAUGCGAUGGGGAGAACACCAUAUGUGCUGAAUGCAACAGAGCUGGAGGAGGCAGAGGUUCUCUUUAAAGAGCUUUAUGGCGCCCGGAAUGGGCCAAAGCAAUACGUAGCGUGGGUGGACGACAUGACACUGCGCUCGCUGCGGCACCGACGAGCAGGAAUGUGA